AUGGUGGAAUCAAGCUGGGGAAGAUAGAUUUACCGUGCGUUUCCUUACGGCUUUCAGAAUAUAUAUGAUUUACUUUAUCUACUAAUAAGAAUUUUUUUACGGAUUGCCCGGAGAGAGGCUUGGUUUUGGACAUUAGCUGACUACGGAACAAUGGCGUACCUACCCAGGUUUGCCUGCAAUGUAUUUGUAUCCAUGUUACUGGUAUGUGCACCGGAUCUAAUUACCGGGCAACUUCGUUAUUCUAUUACCGAGGAAAUGGAAGAAGGCGCUUUUGUUGGAAAUCUCGCACAAGAUCUGGGUCUGAACGUGCGGCAAUUGUCAGCUCGCAAAUUGCGACUCAGCUCUGAUGACGGAGGACGGUACAUGAAGGUUGGUUCAGACAAUGGUGUAUUAUCUAUUCGUGAAAGAAUCGACAGGGAACGUAUUUGUAGGCACACGGAAAUGUGUACCAUAUAUUUUAAAACCACACUAGAAAAUCCCUCGGAGAUGUACCGCGGGGAAGUAGAGAUUCUCGAUAUAAAUGACAAUUCUCCCAAUUUCGGAGACGGAAGCAUCGCCUUGCAGAUAUCUGAAGCGAUUGCACCUGGAGUACGUUUCCGUCUUGAGAGCGCCGAAGAUCCCGAUAGUGGAAUAAAUACUGUCACCGCCUACACAAUCAGUUCCAAUGAGCACUUUAGUCUAAAAACACAUAAAACAGUAGAUGGUAUUAUGGUAGCCGAGUUACUGUUAGAGACAUCUUUAGACCGAGAGAUGCAAACAUCACAUCAACUCUUGCUUACGGCGACUGACGGUGGGAGGAGAUCAGGCACUGCUCAGGUUCUCAUCACGGUAGUGGACAUUAAUGAUAAUCCACCAGUGUUCGAUCGAGAUAAUUACAGUGGCAGCUUAAGUGAGAACGCUCGGCAAGGUGCCAUUGUGAUGCAAGUAAAUGCAAAUGACUUGGACGAAGGACUGAACGCGGAGCUGACGUACACUUUUAGUGAUGUUGCUUUGCGAAGAGCGCGUAAUUUAUUCAGAUUAGACCCACAUAGUGGAGAGAUCAGUGUAGAAGGACCGCUGGAUUUUGAAGAAGCAACUAGCUAUUCUCUAGAUAUUCAAGCUAUGGAUAAUGGUUCACCUCCAAUUACUGGACACGCAAAUGUGCUGAUCAAAAUAACUGACGUGAAUGAUAACGCACCCGAGAUAAAGCUGACAUCAGCCUCCACAAAAAUCCCGGAAAAUGCUCCACCAGGAACAUUCAUAAUGUUCAUUGAUGUUAUUGAUCGUGAUUCUGGAGUGAACGGUCAAGUCCGCUGCGAGUUGCCUCAGAAUGUUCCCUUUAGACUACAAACAUUAUCGAACCAUUAUAAAUUGGUUACCAGUGAAACGAUGGACCGUGAAGUAAUUUCUGAGUACACAUUACCAAUUUCAGCAUGGGACUUGGGAUCGCCUUCACUGUCGUCAAAUAAAACUAUCCAUAUUGCAAUAACCGAUAAAAAUGAUAACGACCCGCGGUUUUCUAAAUCAUCCUACAACGUAUAUGUGACGGAGAAUAGUGCUCCGGGUGCAUCCAUUUUCGCACUAACUGCACUAGAUCCUGAUCAGGAGCAGAAUUCCUAUAUCUCUUACUCUUUUGGGGACAAUCGGAUCCAAAACCUACCAGUAUCCACUUACCUGUCUAUUAACCCAAUGAACGGUACUAUUUACGCGCUGCGUUCUUUCGACUAUGAGGAACUCAAGAACUUCCAGAUCAAUGUACAAGCCCGUGAUGCUGGGGUGCCUCCGUUAAGCAGCAGCGCCACGGUGAAUGUCAUCAUCCUGGAUCAAAACGACAACGCGCCGGUAAUUGUUUCGUCUUUAGAACAGAGUGGAUCAGCGGCAACGGAGAUUGUGCCCCAAUCAGCGGGUCAAGGUUAUUCGGUCACCAAAAUAAUAGCUACAGAUGCAGAUUCUGGUCAGAACUCACGACUCUUUCAUCAGAUGAUGAAAUCUACCGAUCCCACUUUGUUCAACGUUGGGAAGAUUUCCGGUGAAAUCAGAACUAGUCGCAACAUUUUGCAGUCCGAUAAUGGUUUACAAACUCUGGUCAUCUUGGUCAAGGACAAUGGGCAGCCAAGCCUGUCCAGUACAGUUACAAUGAACAUUCGAGUUUUGGAGAACAGCACUGAAGGAAUCACGGAAAGCAGUACCUUGGUGAAGAAUCCAGAAUAUUUCUCUGAUCCAAAUGUUUACUUUAUCAUAAUUUUCAGUUGCACUUCCGUUGUGUUUCUUCUGAUUAUCGUUCUGUUGAUAGGCAUCAAGUGUAAACAGGACAGAAGUAUUAUCCAAGGGUAUAACACCCCCAGUUAUAGUUACAAUCGCGGAGUGCUGCACGGCACGUUUAAUGGAAGACCUGCCAUAGAGGAAACUUUACCCUAUCCCGGGAAAGGCCGGGUUGUCCGCGUGCCGGAACCGCAUCAAUACUCGGUCUGCCUGUCUCCCGAGUCAGCGAAAAGUGAUUUUCUCUUCUUGAAGCCACGCGGCGAUCCCACGUCUCAGGCCUAAUGAUGCGUAUGCUCAAGGAAGACGCAUCUUAUUUGGGGUCAUUUUACUCUCGAGGCAUAUGAAUAAUUCGUGAGUGAAAUAUUUAAGAAAAUGUUAAUUUUGUGCAUGUUUUCUAUUUCCUUUAAAUUGUGCAUUUGCUGUAAUGGGAAAGAAUAUAUAACUUUUAGCAAAUAAAGCCCAUCGUCUGAGAGGUAUCUGUCAA